AUGCAUCAACAGAUUCGAGCGCUGGAAAGACGACAGACGCUACUUUCGGCGUUGCAUCUUGCACGACGGACAAAUAACUUGCAAAUUGCAUCCAAUAAAGUGCGUGCGUACUACCAGAAUUUCACGUAUGGAUACGACCUAACUCGCAGUAACGCGUGGGAACUAGAGGCGCAAUUACGAAGUAUGAUGCUGCCGGAUGUACAGUCAUCAGCGUUUUGUAAUUUGGAUGCAUUUUUGAUGCAAUGGCACAACUACACCCGCUAUCAUGCCAAGUUUAAGCUGUGCUGCGAGCAGAUCCAACCACUGGAGAGCGAGGACCCGGAUGUGUAUCUUAUCCAAUGUGUUGGACACUCUACUUUACGAAUCUCACGCGACACUGUCCGAUACUUUUUCCAGCCGUUGCUUGCUGAUGAAGAGAUGGUCCAAUGUCUCAUUGGCAAGACGUAUUCUUUUCCUUUUGCAUCGCGAUUCUACUUCAACUCGACUGGUCAAGUGUUUAAGAUGGAUCCACGAGCUGAGUUAGCAUCAGGCCUCUUGAAUCUCGUGGUAGAUCCGUUUAUGACUGUACGGAUCCUUGCUGCCUCUCAACUCUCGGCAGAUGGUUGCUUGCAUGCCUACGCGAAAAAUGAUGAUACCAUUGGAUCUGCCAUGAGUAGUAUGUAA